AUGCCAAAUAUGCCCAUCAUGACCCCAUCCCGCAAAACCCCAGAACCACAAUCGCCCUAUACGCCGUCAAUUAGCGCAGCGCAGACACCGCGGCGACCUCCAAUUCCUCGCCUGCCACAUCUGUCGCGAACCAAUGGCAUUCAUUCCCGCACGGCCAGUUCCGAUGGUCAUGAUAAGUCAGCGACAAAACGAUUGGUGGAACAAUUCUAUAGAGGCGGUGUACAGUCGAAACAAUCGAGUCAUACUGAUGUCACUGACAUCAAUGCACUCUUAUCGGGGUCCAAGCUUGACUUGGAUGCCCAGGUAGAGAAGAGUAAUGUAUUUCCUAGCAGUGGGAAGACAGAGGUGGAUCAAAUCUACGGUGCGGGCUCGCCCAUGUUCAAGAAACCUGGUAUGGGUGCUAAGUUUAACUUGGACGGCGAUUUGGGUAGUCGAGACAAGCCGAAGAUGGAAUACCUCUCGCUUUCUCCGCCAGAUCUACAUGCCAUAUGUCCCGAAAAUAUCCUGGCGCCGUUAUUAAGUGUCGACCGAGCAUUUACUUCAACAAAUUUGGCUUCUGCCGUCGACGCGGUGGAUCAGUCCCUGCAAGUGCUUUGGACCCGAGUGAACCACAAUUUUGAUAAAGGCGAGGCCAGCCUCGCACCGGAAGCAGAAGAUCCAAGUCUUCAGCCAGGGGCCCAACUAAAAGAGCUUGAGAUCUAUCUUAAAGAACUACGGAAUAAUGUAAAUGCAUUGGAGACCGAACUAAAAGGCGUCACGGUGGACAUCAAGAGCAGAUAUCUGGAAGAGAUCCAGGAGAAUAUCCUAAAACUACGCGACUUAGAGCGCCUCAUAGAGAGUCUUUCACUGCGUCUUUCUACUGCUAGAAAAGGCAUGGCACAUAGUAGGCGUCAAUUGAAAGAGACGGUGGCUCCGAAAAUGGAAUUGUUGGAGGAGGUGUCAAAGCGAUUCCAUGAGUAUGAUGUGCGCAACCGGCAACGGAAGGGGCUGCAGAUCGUUAUUGCGCUUUCGUUGUUUGUUCUUCUUGUAGCCAUGGGCGCAAUUAUGUAUCGACGUUACCGCUCUGAGUGA